AUCAAAUUAUAACCUUAAUUGCCAUUUCAUCUGUGUCUAUUCCCCGUGAGGGACAUUUUUGUUAUGAGAAAUGUCCUUUUCCUACAUCGCCCUGGUUUUGGCGCUAAUUGCGCUGGUCAAGGGUGAUCAUCCUGCCUCCUUGCAAAGGGAACUUGACUCUAUAGAUCUCACAUCUGACGUAAACAGAAAUGAUGAACUAGUAUAUAGGUUACCUGAGAGCGUUAUUCCAUUGGAGUAUGAAAUAUUCAUAGAUCUGUAUUUUGCUGAACGCACGGAUAGACCGUUCAGUUUUGAUGGCAGAGAAAAUAUUAUUAUUCAGGCUGUCGAAGACAACGUUUCUAACAUUGUGUUACAUGCCAACGUUGACCGAAUAAACGCAAUCAGUGUUUUAAAUUCAAAUGGCGCUCCAGUUGCAUUAAACUUGUCUGAACCCUUUACUAUCCAACCACAAUACCACUUCCUCAUCAUUAACUUAGAUGAGACUCUGGUUAAUGGAAGUAGUUAUACUCUCUUUAUUGAUUAUUCUAACACUAUGAAUGUAGGGCCGAUGAAAAGAGGUAUCUGGAGAGGAAACUAUAUCGAUGACGACGGAGUUGAAAGAAUUUAUGCUACCACUCACUUCCAACCGUACAAUGCACGACAAGCAUUUCCCUGCUGGGACGAGCCUCUUUUUAAGGCUAUUUUCAAAGUUCAUCUAUCCAGCCCCGCUAAUUAUAGUUCUGUUUUCUCAAAUACCAGAAUUGGAAAUACUGAAUCCCUUUCCGAUAACCGCAUACGUACAAACUUCUUAGUGACCCCGAAAAUGUCGUCCUAUCUCGUGACUUUCCUCGUCAGUGAGACUUUCACAGUCAUCGCUGAGGACACCUCCUUCACUCCCUCUAUCAGAAUCAUCGGGAGAUCCAACACCGUCGGCCUUGGUGAUCAUGCCUUGGAUCUGGCUGUCAAGAUGACCACAUUCUUUAAUGACUACUUUGAAAUCCCAUAUGAAACUAUGCAUCCUAAUUUGCUCAACGAUCAUAUUUCGUCUCCUGAUUGGGCGUCUGCUGGCACUGAAAAUUGGGGAAUGGUUAGCUACAGAGAGUUGUACCUUACCCUGAACGCCAGUGAAUCAAUCAUGAGUAACGAGCACUACGCAGGUACUCUAGUCUCUCAUGAGCUGGCUCACAAGUGGUUCGGAAACCUGAUCACCUGCUUCUGGUGGAGCAAUACUUGGAUUAACGAGGGCUUCGCCAGUUAUUUUGGCUAUAUCGCUACAAACCAGAUGUUCCCAGAAUACGAAUACGAGGACCACUUCAAUUCUCGCUAUCUGCAAAACUCCCUCUCUUUCGAUUCCGGAUCCACUGUCGCUCUCAACCACGAGGUCAACACGCCCGCUCAAGUCACUGGCCACUUUGGAACCGUCAGUUACUCCAAAGGUGCUGCUUUUCUCCGAAUGAUUCACGACAUGAUCACUCCUGAGACAUUUAGGAAGGCUUGUCGUAUCUUCUUAACCAGCAAUUCGUUUGAAGCAACCGACCAGUACGACUUAUAUAGAGCUUUUGAAGAAGCUAUCCAAGAGGAUAGUACGUUGAGUGAAUAUCAAGGUUUUAAUUUUGAAGAAUUCUACCGUAUCUGGGUCAAUGAACCUGGUACCCCUAUUCUGUUGGUUGAGAUUAAUCACUCUACUGGAGCUAUUUCUUUGAAACAAGAGCGAUUCUUUUUAAGUGCCACCGCAACGCCUACUGGUCAAAUUUACCCGAUACCUAUAACCUACACCACCAAGAGUUAUCCAAGAUUCGAAAGCCUUAAACCCAUUCAAAUGAUGUCAGGCGAGACUUUGGAAUUGACUAAGGCAGCUGGCGAAGAAUGGGUUAUUUUCAAUAACCUACAACAUGGACACUACAGAGUAGACUACGAUGAAAAGUCAUGGAGUUUGAUCGCCGAAGCAUUACUGAAUGAACCUGAAAGCAUUCACUACUUGAACCGAGCCCAAGUGGUCAAUGACGUCUUUGCUCUGAUGAGGUCUACAAGAAUGACCCACAGUUUCGGUUUCAACAUUUUGAGGUUCCUUCGCAACGAGCACAACAUGCAUGUUUGGGAUGCCGCCAUCACCGGCUUUACCUGGCUCAGGAACAGGCUAAGGCAUUUGACUGAGAGCCAGGCAGAAUUCGAUGAGUUUGUAAUAGACACCAUGUCGCACCUCAUCGAGCACGUCGGCUUCGACAUCCUCAGCACCGACACACCCACGGACAUCAUGAACCGUCAAGCCGCUCUGCACUUUGCUUGUUUACUCGGACAUGAGCGAUGUGUGGUGGAGUCCAGGGAACGCUUUGUUGGUUUGAAAGACAAUAAUGUUUGGGUGCACGGAGGAAUCCGUCGUAAUGUGUACGUGGUUGGAGUGCGAGAGGGAGACGAACAAGACUUCAACUUCAUUCUCUCUCGCUUCCGCUCAUCAAAUCUUGCCCAUGACCAGCUGGAGAUGUUGAGGGCUAUGGGUGCUGCUAAAAAUCCAGAAUUACUAACUAGAUACUUGGAGCUGACGUUGACCGAUGAAGUGAGGUCUCACGACAAGACAAAUUCCUUCAACUACGCUCUUCUAGGCAACAAGGAGAACGCACCCUUAGUUCUAGAAUUUGUGAAGAACAACAUCGACGCUAUGAGGAUCGCCUACGUAGAGGAUGCCCCACCCAACCCGGUACACAGUUGCCUCUCCAACUUGGCUGCAUAUCUCGAAGAACCCGAGCUAGUCGAGUAUGAAGAAUGGCUGCGAUCCACCCAAGUUGGAACUCUUCAAUACAACACCGCUUUAUCUGCAAUUACAUCAGCAAGAAACAACAUGGCGUGGGGCACCAAUAAUGUCGACAACAUUUUAGGCGCCAUCAGAGACGACGCCACUAGGGUCGUCACUUCAGUUCUCAUGCUUGGUGCUAUGGCUCUUUUGGCUGUUGUCGCUUAA